AUGCGGCCCCGGCCAGCGCCCCUCCUGCUCUUCCUGCUCCUCCUGGGCCUGGGCCCGGGGCUGGGCCGCACCCCGCCGACCCCGGCUCCUCGCAGGGCCCUGACCGCACCGCGCUCCGCCGGGAGUCGGAGCCCCCGAACCCCCGGCCGCGCCGCCGCACCCAGCCACGUGGACCUGCGCCUGCGGGCGCGCCGUGGCCGCCGGCCCCUGAGCUGGCUCGCCCCGCUGCCGCUGCCGCGCUGGCUGCGGCGGCCCGAGUGGGCCUUCCGCCCCGGCCCGGCCUCCCCCGUGCCGCCCCGCUCCGUCCUGCCCGGCGGCGCGCGCCCCGACGCGGGCACUGUGGCCCAGACCGAGUGUCCCACGGGCCGGCCUCGGCCUGGUGUUGGAGACGCUGACAACUCGAGCAAGCCCUACGCCAUCGAGUCUUCAGUGUCCUGUCUGUUACCAGCAGAUGCGCCCUGUGACAUCCACCAGCUAAAGAUCAAUAGGGACGAAGAAGGGGCCCCCCUGCGGCUGACCAGGAAGAUGGAAGCCACCCUCAGUGCCACCGUUCGGUAUGUCUGCGCCUCCGCCCAGAAUUUGGCGGAGCAGUGGGAGGUCUUUUCCGUUCCCUCGAUAUUUGAUCAGCCAGACUGGACCAAACCUUUGCAAGUACGAGGACUCCGGCUGGGGAAAUCUAUAAGGGAGAUGUAUAUCCCUAAGAAUUCUCUGUCUUUGGGGGUGUACGUGUUUAAUUUCACACUGACCAUCCGCACGGUGAGUCCCGAAAGGCCUGUGGUGAAAGGCUCCGAUAACAUCUAUGUCGUCAUCAUUAAAAGUCCCUUGAAGGCAGUUAUCCUCGGGCCUUCCAGCACAGCAGUUAAUUUCACAGAUGAGCUGAUUCUGAACGGAACUACGUCCUCUGAUCCAGAAGCAGAUGACCCUUUGGAGGGACUCCAGUUUUUUUGGUACUGUACCACAAAUCCAGGAAACUACCAGGGAGACAAAAUACUGGGUGCCGAGGAAGUCUGUCUCCCAGAGCAGGCUGACUUGGCCUGGACGUGGGCCUCGGGCCCCGUACUAACGCUCUUGCCAGAAACACUGAAAGGUGACCAGGUGUAUUUUUUCAGAAUGGUGAUACAGAAGGGUGACAGAAGAGCAUUUUCUGACAAAAGGGUACAUGUGCUCCGGGGACCAGCUCCUACUGCAACUAUUUCAUGUAUCAAAAAUUGUGAUACGGUUUUGAUUACCUCGGACAGAUUUUCUUUGUCUCUAAAUUGCACAAAUUGUGCUGCAAGGCAUGAUUUCUAUCAGUGGUCAGUUCUGUCGCCCACAGAUGAUGAGGUGGCAUUUGACUGGGUGGGGCAAACCACCACGGGGAGGAAUAGCGCUUAUUUGUCUAUAAAAGCGUUUGCCUUUCAGCAAUUUCUGGAAGAUCAAUUUUGGAUUUCUCUGCAUCUGGCAACGUGGAGUGGGGUGGCCCUGGUCCUCAGGUACUCCUUUAUCAUUAACCACGUCCCUGAAAUCGGGGAAUGCAAGGUUAAUCCAGCUAAAGGCAUUUCAUUUUUUACCAAGUUUGUGGUCCAGUGUAAUAAUUUUAAGGAUAAGAACAUCCCUCUUACAUAUAAAAUAAUAGUUUCUGAUUUGCAUGGUUUUGGUGAAAUCAGUUCUUUAACAGAGAACACCUUAGGGGCCAUCCUGUAUCUGGGGAAUGAGUCCACAUCACCCCCUUCCUUUCUCCCUGUCGGUGUGGCGGCUGAUCAUUAUGCCAUGAAGAUAUACACUCAGGUGUAUGACUCCCUAGGGGCCUUUUCGCAGGUGGCUUUGUAUGCCACUGUGCGGGCUCCUACUGACAAAAUCUCGCCAGAGACCGUGCUUCAUCAGUUACACGUGUCCACCAUGGGACCAAAUUCAUCACUAUCUACUUUGCUUCAAGAGCAGGAGUUUUUACCUGCAGGUUAUUUAAUGUUUAUAGCAGCUUCCAUCUUGAAUAGCAUGAGCGAAUUCACUCUGCAAGCUGACAAAGCCAGACUCCGCGAACACCUUGUCAAUCAGUCUUUCGUUCUUCCUGUCAGCACUUUGGAGGAAAUUAGCCAGGUAGUUAUGGCUCUUACUAAGUUAACCCAGAAAACCUCUGAAUUCACUCCAGUGUCUUGGCAACUUGCCACGGUGAGGACCUGGCAAGCAGAUCAAGCCCUACAACAGUAUACACAGAAGGAUAAAUAUGUCAGCUCUGAACAAAUAGAAACCGUGAGCACUGGGACACUAACAAGUUUGUCCAAUAUCCUGAAACUGCCUUCUCGCCACCACGUGGCUGAUGAGCCUUUCUAUGUCCUGGAAUCGCUAGCAGACACAAUACUGUCAGGCAAAGUGCCAGGGAACGAAACCACCGUAAUGAGGUCUGCCAGCAUGAACAUGUACAUCAAGAGAACUGAAAAGUGGGAUGUUACCACGUCCUCCAGCAAUGAGAAACACAGUCGGAAUUGUUUCCAUCCAACACUGAACGUCAGCAGUGUCCCCAGCUUGCCUGAGAGUGCUCCAGUUUCGAUGAUGUUUUGUGAGUUUGCAGAUGACCCCUUUCCUUGGUUAAGUUAUCCAGAAAACAGGUGGGCAGAGGUGGUGGGAUUCAGAAUGACAGGAACCACAGCUAACGGUGACGUGGUAGAGAUCACACCUGAUGUAGCGGAAGUGUACUUGGUCAGAAAAAACUUGAGCUUUGCAGCUUUUAAUCUCACAGUGGGACCUGAUGAUGAGCCCAGUAAGGACGAUGGGCCCUUGAAGAUGACGACAGGGCGGUUUCUCUUUGAGGUGGACAGCAGAGCAGUCCGGGAGGUGCUGGCUCACAUCGUGACAGAGGUGACAGUGCUGUUCACGGUGCUGGUGUAUGCAGGCAGAGAGGUCACCCCCACGGCUUUGGUCGCCACCUUCCUCGUGCCCCAUGACAUCCCUCCGGUUGCCAACCAGAGUGGCCUCUUUGACCCGGCUUGCACAGUUAAGCAGGCCCGCGUGGUUUGCCUUCCACCGUCCCUGCUGCAAGUCGUAGCGCAGCGAGGCCGCACCUCCGAGAGUGUCAUAACCAUGGUUCUGCAGGCGCCUCGUUUUGUCAUGAAGCCCAGUGACAAGAUAGUGAGAAUUUCUCUUUUCAGUGUUCACUGCUUGGACAUGUAUGGGAUCCAGAGUGACUGGAGAGAAGACACCUGUGUUCUCGGGGAGAAGACCACGUGGCGCCGAGUGCACUGUGUCUGCAAGAGCCCGGGGCGGGCCCGGCGACAGCUGGACACAAUAAAACUAGCCAGCCUUCGCCUGCGCACCCGCUAUCUGACAGCCAGGGUGAUUGUGGUCCCCAAUCCUGUGGACCUACGGUUAGAGGUUAUCAAGAACAUUACCCACAACUCCGUGACCCUCUUCACUGUGCUUUUCAUUAUGCUCAUAUACAUAGUCCUUGCUUUCUGGACCUUGCACAGAAAUAAAAUGGAUCGGUUUCUUCAGGAACAUGUGAUAAUUCUACCUGACAAUGAUCCUUAUGAUAACAUAUGUUACCUAGUCACUGUUUUUACAGGAAGCCGUUGGGGGUCUGGGACCAGGGCCAAUGUCUUUAUUCAACUUAGAGGAUCAGAAAGCACCAGCAAUGUGCACUGUUUAAGCCAUCCACAUUUUACAACUCUCUACCGAGGAAGCAUCAACACAUUCCUCCUAACAACAAAAAGUGACUUGGGAGACAUCCAUUCCAUUCACGUGUGGCACAACAAUGAGGGCAAAGCCCCCAGUUGGUAUUUAAGUAGAAUCAAGGUGGAAAAUCUGUCUAACAGACAAAUCUGGCUGUUCGUGUGCCGGAAAUGGCUCUCUGUUGACACCUCUGUGGACAGGACAUUUCAUGUCACCCACCCAGAUGAGCCUCUAAAGAGAAAGGACUUUUUCCUGAUAAAUGCAACUUAUAAGCUAAGGAAAAAUCACAUGUGGUUCUCUAUUUUUACUGGUAUGGUUCCUAACAAAUUCAAUAGGCUCCAGAGAUUGUCCUGUUGUUUAGCAAUGUUGCUAUCCUCCCUGAUGUGUAACAUUAUGUUCUUUAAUCUAAACAAAAAAACUGAGCCAGAAGAGGGGUGGUACAUCAGAUCCAUGGUGAUAGGGUUGGAAAGUGUCUUAAUUACAAUCCCUGUGCAAUUAAUAAUCACCUUUCUGUUCACUCACUCCCAACGGGAGCCCCUAGUGACUCUCCAUGAGCUGUCUCCUCAGAAGCAGCCCCUGGUGCAAGAGGCAGGUGGACGCUGGGAAGGACAUUUAGAAAAAUGGCACACUCAUGAAACUGCCGAGGCUUGCCGCAGUGGGACAAACCUGCUCCCAUCACAGGGAAAGCCUGGACUUGAGCAGCCCCCUGCCCAGGCAGCCUUGGGAACACGGCACCAGCCUCAGAAAGCACUAAGCAAGGUCUCCCACACUCGCAAAGCAAAUACAAAUGCCAACAACAGAAACAUAAAAGACAAUCAAAGUUUUCAGUCUGCAGACCCAUCUUCCCAGCCGGAUCCUACUGAGCUCCAGAAGCCCAGGAUCGUUUUGCCUUGGUGGUGUGUUUAUAUAGCAUGGUUCUUGGUCUUUGCCACUUCCAGCAUAUCCUCAUUCUUUAUUGUGUUUUAUGGACUGACUUACGGCUACGAAAAGUCCAUCGAAUGGCUCUUUGCAUCGUUUUGUUCAUGCUGUCAGUCAGUUUUUCUGGAGCAGCCAUCUAAAAUCCUACUUCUGUCAGGCUUCAGGACAACUAAGACCAAGUACUGUAAAAACCUUUCAUGGGUAACCAAGUAUCGCUAUACCAAGAUCAAGCUGCACAGCACACAGCUGAACCCAGACGAGAUGCGCAGGCUCCAUCAGUGCAUCCUGCAGGUCCGUGGCUCGAGGAUGUACCAGCCCCUCACAGAGGAUGAGCUCAGGAUAUUCCAGAGAAAAAAGAGGCUCAAGAAGAGAGCUCUCCUGUUCCUGAGCUGCAUUCUCACUCACUUCGCCUUCCUGGCCCUCCUGUGGACACUGGUUGCCCUCCUGCGCCACACCGACAGCUUUCACUACGAUCAGUUCAUCCGCAGUCAGUUCUCCAUGGAGCUUGGAACAGUGACCAAGGUGAAGGACAUCUACAGCUGGCUGCAAAGAGUGGUGUUGCCUUUGUUCCACAACGACCUGAAUCCAACGUUUCUUCCCGGCAGCUCCUCCACAAUCCUUGGGCUGCCACUGAUGAGGCAAGUAAGGGCAAGACCUGGUGAAAAAAUAUGUCUGCCUGCCAAAAACUUCAUGCAAAACAGCAUCGAAAGAGAAAUCCAUUGUCACCCCAAGUACGGCACUGACCCAGAAGACACAGAAAACUAUGCCAGCUUUUGGCAGAAGGUUGUCAGGAGGGCUGCAGGCAAGAAUACCGCAGGGUUUACUUAUAAGCCGCAAGAAAAGAAAUGGGUGUAUUAUUCCCACGGACUUUUACAUACCUAUGGGUCAGGAGGGUAUGCAUUCUAUUUUUUUCCAGAUCAGCAGCAGUUUAAUUCCACACUGAGGCUUGAGGAACUCCAAACAAGCAAUUGGCUUGAUGAGAACACAUGGGCUGUGAUUUUGGAACUAACAACUUUCAACCCAGAUGUAAAUCUGUUCUGUAGCAUUUCAGUCAUAUUUGAGGUUUCUCAGUUAGGCAUUGUAAACACAAGCCUAUCCACACAUUCUUUCUCACUUGCUGAUUUCAACAGAAAAACUUCAGCAGAAAUCUACUUGUACGUGGUCAUUCUCAUUUUUUUUUUAGCUUACCUCGUGGAUGAGGGCUAUGUCAUUCUGCAAGAAAAGGCCUCCUAUGUGAGAAGUGUGUACAAUUUGCUCAACUUUGCUUUAAAAUGUAUAUUUACUGUGUUGAUUGUGCUUUUUUUCAAAAAACACUUCUUGGCCACUGGCAUAAUUCAGUUUUACUUGUCAAACUCUGAGGAUUUCAUUCCCUUUCAUGUCGUUUCUCAAGUAGAUCACACCAUGAGGAUCGUAUUGGGUUUCCUGUUAUUUCUGACAAUUUUGAAGACCCUCAGGUAUUCCAGAUUCUUCUAUGACGUGCGUCUGGCUCAGAGGGUCAUCCAGACCACUCUCCCCAGCAUCUGCCACAUGGUGUUAGUGGCAUCCAUGUAUUUCUUUGUGUACACGGCAUUUGGCUACCUGGUAUUCGGCCAGCAUGAAUUGAACUACAGUAACUUCGUUCACGCCACUCAGACAAUAUUCUCCUAUUGUAUCUCUGCCUUUCAGAACACUGAGUUUUCCAGCAACAGAGUCCUCGGAGUCCUAUUCCUCUCAUCUUUCCUGCUGGUGAUGAUCUGCAUAUUGAUCAGCUUAUUUCAGGCAGUGAUUUUGUCUGCCUACAAGGAAAUGAAACAGCCCCUGUAUGAGGAACCAUCCCAUGAAGCAGAAGCAAUGACCUAUCUGUGUCACCAGCUAAGAACUAUGUUUGGCCUUCUGUCCUUCCCAUCACAGGCCAGAGAUGAACCUGAGUUCUUUGCUGACCUGCUGUAUGGGCAGCCAGAGAAGAACAGCCGCCGCUAUCUGGGGCUGAAGACCAGAAACAUCAACGGAAAGAAAAUGGUUUAUCUCGUCAUGUGAUCGGUGACAGUUUCAAGAUCUACAGGCAGGUUUCCCCAGGUGCUCAGUUUGUGGGAUUAAGGAAUGUUUAGUGCUCAGUCAUGCUUUCUGCCCACUUCCUUCACAAUGCACAUCUCUACACUCACAGUGAUCCCCAACUCUUGGCCUCUACUCUGGGGAAUGUGAAAGGAGGGUGUCUGAGAGUGGUGUGUGGUCUGGGGAGAGGGGAGGACACUGCUUGUCCUGGGUUGAUUUUCCUCUGGAGGGGAAUUAAGUGUCUUUGGAGCCCACAGCAGUUUAAAGGGUUAGAGAGCCAGAUUCGGGGGAGGCCACUAAAGAGCCCCCCAGCCCACCUCAUGGGGGAGGAGCAUUCUCCUGCUCCUCUGUGUCCCCUCGUGCAGGGAGCCCAGUGCUUGUGGCUCCGUGCAGAGCCCCCCACUCCCUCUGGGAGUUCCCUUUGCAGACCUGGGCUGUGGAGCCUCCCCCACACUCCUCACCUCCACUGGCCACAUUCCAACUGGGCCAGGGCUGGAGCCAUGUUGUGGGGAGUCCCAGGAUUUUUGCCAUCCUGCUUGGGAAUGCAGGGAUGGGAGCCAGGGUUAGAAGGCUGAAGCUUCCCAUCUACUACUUAGGGCUACUGCAAGUUAAUGAUAUAAAAUUCAGUACCAUUUUCUGACCAUGAGACAUGACUUUUGUUAAAUAAAAAUGUGGGUUCACACUGAAAGAUAUUAAAUCUAUAUAUUGGAUAGAGCAAUAUGUACAUCCAGGAUUUGGGCUUUUAGUUAUUUAUGGCAUUGUGGAUUACUUAGGAGUAAUAAAGAAAAUGUGGUUUAUUGUGUAAGAGAAAUGGGCUAGAAGCUGUUAUUUUUAACUCGUAAGUAUGUCCAUUAUGUACAUGC